ACCGGGUCUUUAGGGAAACCCUCGAGCGCGGAGGCUUCUGGGGAAUAAAGUUCCCACCGGCGGGUCUAGUCCUGUUUCGCGCAUGCGCCAUCCUCCGCCUCGCAGCAAGGGGCGGAGUCUGCAGGGGCGGUGGGCAGGGUUUCCGGCGCCUGCGCAGUGGGCCUCUGUCGUCCACCUCUGAAAUACGGGGUCCUGGGCUGGGUUCCCCUCACAUCCGGUGCUGCAUCGUAGAACUCAUGUCUGGACAGGUCUAACCGGCCGCACACAUGCCAGCCCAGUCACCCUGGCCUCUGGGCCACGUCCGACUUGAUCCUGCCCGUCCUGGGGGUUCCCCCGGGCGCCAAAGACGAGGGGUGCGGGUCCGGGCCGCACCCCACUGCCCCGGUCACCAGGAGGAGCUCACCAGUGCCAGGCCCGGAGCCCAGUGCUCACAGCCACUGUCACCCCACACACAGCGACCCUGUGUGGCUAACGCUCCGCGCCGCCUUACAGAUGAAGGUGGGAGGGGGUGCGAGGGCCGAGGAUGGGACCCUGGGGCGGACUUGUGCCCCCCAGCCCGCCAACCAGAGGGAAAGUGUGGUUUCAGAAAUGAGCUGGAAACGUCAUUUGUGCAUGAAGCCCAUGUCGCCAAUUGUAAGAUAAGUUUUAUCGGCAAAGGUGUGUAAAUCAAACAUUUUUUAUUAGUUAAAAAAACAGCAAACCUCCGAGUAGUCUGCUCCCACCAUCUUGGUCUCUGUCUGCCGGGUAGAGGCUGUGGGUCGCAGCAAGGACCUCUGCCCUCUGCCUCGAAGCAGGGGUUCUGAGGUGUGUGUGAUGGCUAGGGUCCCCAGACCACCUGCAGGCCUGGCAUCUGAGGGCCUGACCCCAGGCUCACCUCUUGCCCUCCUUCCUGGCAAACUGCAGAUCUCUGGAAGGCCCAGGACAUACUCCAGAUGCGUUGAGGCUGAGUCACCUGGGCUGGUGGCUGCCACCCACCAGAGAAGCAAGGGUGGGCAGCCGCUGUGCAGGAGCUGGGGCCUCCUGAGAUCUUGGGAACCCCAUCUUUGAGCCCCGCCCCAUGGCCCCGCGGCCCCGCCCCUCCCUAGGAGGGAAAAGACGGCUGCCGGUCUCUCAGCUCACAAGCACUGGGACCUGGCCCAGCAGAGGAGAGGAGAGACUGCUGCCAUCGCCACUUCAGGCUGGGCCAUGGACCCCCAUGAGAUGGUCGUCAAGAACCCGUAUACCCACAUCAGCAUCCCCCGGGCUCACCUGCGGCCUGACCUGGGGCAGCAGCUGGAGGUGGCUCCCUCCUUGGAGCCACAGCCUCUGCCUGUGGAGUCCUGCAUCCCAGAGCCCACCCGACUUCUGCAGCCCACAGAGGAUGCCUUAGGGCCCAAGGGCGCCAAGGGGGCCAAGGGGACUGCCCCUGUCCAGGGCCAGCAGGCCUGGCAGCAGCCAGGCAACCCCUAUGGCAGUGGGCAGCGCCCAACAGGACUGACCUAUGCUGGCCUGCCGCCCAUCGGGCACGGCGAUGACAUCGCCCACCACUGCUGCUGCUGCCCCUGCUGCUCCUGCUGCCACUGCCCUCGCUUCUGCCGCUGCCACAGCUGCUGCUGUGUCAUCUCCUAGCCCGGCUCUCACUGGGCCAUGGGGCCUGCCACAGGAUCCCCGGCAUGACAGGCCCCAGCCUCUGCUCAGGCGGCCAUAGGAGCGCCUGGACAUUUGGGGCAGCCACUGGGCCACUGCCAUGGGCAUCAGCCACCUCCCACCCUGGACAGGGGCACCUACCUGCCAAGAAGGCCAACAUCUCAGCUCUGGCCCCUUGAAACGGAGCCCUGGGCACUGGUCAUGAUGGCAGCCCUAGGGACACCCGUGACCACCUCCCUCCAGGCCCAGGCCCCAGGCAAUAAAGCACAGGGAGCUUUGUUCUGGUGACUCUUCUUCUUUGCUGCUGCCCUCUUUGGGGGGCAUCCCGGACUGAACCGACCACAGGCCCCCAGCCUCUGUGGGAGUUUAGGGGUGGGGAAGCUGCUGCCUCAUGACACCCUAAGCUGCACUGCAGGUCUCAGGCCUGCCCAGACGCUGGACAGGAGGGGCGGGAGUGUGUUUCCCUGCCCUGGCCCGGCCAGGCCUGGGUUUGAGCUAUCCUGCCUUCUCUAGGGCUGAGGCCGGACCUGGGAGACAGGGCCGUCUGGGGGUCAGACAGCAGGAAGAUGCCGUGCAUGGAACCGGGGCAUGGAGCCCCGAGAAAGGCCUCCGGGAGGAG